CGACGAGGAGGACAUCGGAGAGGACGACAGCUAGAGGCCUGAGAGCCCAUGUGUCCCUAGGACCGGAGGGUGAUAGGAUUAUGUUCCGCCGGCUUAGGGAGAGACAGCAGGAGCAGAGGAGGGCUAGAGCAGCCGAGGCCAGCAAAACUUUAGUUAGCGAAGCCGGUGCUACAGCAGCCAUGGCCAGUGCAGCCAUGGUCACUUCUGCGCAGCAGACUUCCCAAGCCGGUAGUUCAGGUGCCGUCGGGUCAACGGUCGCGCAGACCGUGAGUCAGUCCAUUGGCAUUAUGGCAAGCCAGGCCGCGGUGUUGACUCCAGAGGAUGUCGCCAUCCAGCAGGCAGCUCUGCAGGAGGCACAACUACAGCGGGCAUUAGGAGAGAUAAAAGCGGAGAAGGAGAAGAUGAUCAGAAGAAGAGCCAGGAUGCAGCGAAGAGGGGCAGACAUAGAGGAGUUAGAAUUGAUGGACCUGACACAUAUGGAUGCUGAUGUGAAGGUAGUUCGUAGGGCCCUGCUAGGCGUUAUAGAGACGCAGGAGCAUCAAACUACAAUCCUUCAGGACAUUCAACAGAGCCUAGCCGUUUUGGCAGGCCGUGCUCAAGCAGCACCAUCACCAGCCGGGCCUGGUGCCUGGCCCGUGCCAUAUCCUCCCUUUUAUGUCCCACCGGGGACAGGGGUAUCCCCAUACGUAGCCCCGUCAACGGUUGCUAUCGUUUCCCUGGGUAUGCCGCUGUCAGGAGGGGUAACAGCAGGGAGUAGUUUGCAGGUUCCUGUACAGACAGUGUUCACUCCAAGUCCGUCGCAGGUUGCUGUCACCACGCAGCCUGUGCAGCCUCAGGGCACGCAGCCCCAGCAGCUAGCACAGCAACCUGUGUCACCGGGUCCACAGCCCGGAGUGAUGCAGGGACCGGGACAAACUCAGUGGGUUCCGAAGACGGCCAUCGCCGCUCCCAAACCUUUUACAGGGGACAAGAGAGGCGAAGACCUCGACACAUGCUUGAGGGCAGUGCCGGUCUACGUCAGGUGUAAACUGACCUUGCCGCACGAAGAAGUGCUUGUGGCUGCUUCCUACCCAGAGGGUAGUGCAGCAAGAUGGUUGAGCGGUCUAGUGCAACUUCAGGGAUAUGGUCAUGACUUCCGCGUUUGGGCGGCCGCCCAAAAAUUGGAGGACUUCCUGAAGAUGGUGGAAGAGAGGUGGCAUGAUCCUCAGGAGGCCCAAAGGGCCACUGACGCGAUCCUGACACUGCACACGCGGCAGUUUAAGUCAGUAAGGGAAGCCACCGACGUUGUUGAGCGUCUGAUCUGUGUCCCUAGGGUGCGCUUUGACCCCCAGGUCCUGUUGACUUCGUACCUGAGAUGCUUUUCUCAGCCUCUCAGGAACCAGUUGGCAAAAGAGGCCAACAUCAAUAUGCGCAACUUCCCUUCGUUUAGCAAGGUGGCCCCAGACCUUGAAGCUAAGAUAGGGCAUGGACAGGCACCCACUACGGAUGGGAGAAAGAAGACACUGCCUCCCAACUGGAAAGCGAAAGGUCGCUUGAUGUUUGUCGACAACGAUGGUUCAACCAUCGAGGUGGACAACAACUUCCAGGAGGGAGUAGGUUCAGAGGCAGGCAACAUAGAUGCUUCAGAGGGUGGAGUAGUCGCUGCCGUUUCUCAAAAAGACGAAUCUCGUGAUGGAGAGUGUCCGGUUGCUCAUCUAUCUCGACAGCUACUUCCCGCUGAGCGUAACUAUAUUGUCGACGAGCGUGAGGUCCUUGUGCUGAUCUACGCUGUUGAGAAGUGGCGUCACCACUUGCACGGUCACACUUUCACCGUUUUGACGGACAACUCUGUCCUCGCCGCCUUCCAGACGAAGUCGAAGCUCACUUAUCGCCAAGCUCGUUGGUGGCAUGAUCUCUCAGAGUUCGACUUUACCAUCAAGAAGAUUUCCGGCGAAAGCAAUCGAGUCGCAGAUGCCUUAUCCCGCUGGCCCGACCUUCAGUGCGAGGAUCGUAAGCUAUCUGCGAUUUCAGCUCCCACCAUCCACCCCGCCUUUCUGGAUGAGUACCGUCGCGCAUACACCCAGUGCCCCGAGUUUCAGUCCAUUUACGCUGACCUACAGGCUGGCAAGUCCGUCCCUAACUUCCAGCUCGAUCCCUCUGGACUCCUAUACUGGCUUGGUCGCCAAGGUACCCGUACUCCUCACUUAUGUGUGCCCUCUACUGGCCAGCUCCGCGUUCGGGCCGUCGCUAAGUGUCACGACCAGCGCGCCGCCGGUCAUCUCGGUGUCUUCAAGACACUUGACCGCCUCUACCGCCAUUACUACUGGGAGCCCCAUCGUCCCUUCACUAAGGAGUACGUCCGCACUUGCAGGAUCUACCAGGAGGCCAACAUUCCCAACCACCCCCCCUACGGUCUUCUUCAGCCCUUACCCAUUCCCACUCAGCGUUGGACUUCUGUCCCAUGGACUUCAUCGGUCCUCUUCGUCCCCCUACUCCACGAGGCCACGACGCCAUCUUCGUCGUUGUCUGCCGGUUGACUAAGCAUGCUCAUUUCCUCCCUUGCGAGUAUGCUAGUUCAGCCAAAGACAUC